ACGCGCAAAGCUGGACCCCGCGUAGAGGAAGUGUAUGAGAGGGGGGUGUGGAGCGCUGCUCGCGGCCUGCGGUUAUUGUGCGGUAUUUAGUCUCACCUUCUGGUGCCCGGUCCGGGGCUCUGGGCGCUGCUGUUCGCUCGGGUAACUCCCCCUCCUCUUCCUCCUCCUCCCCCCCCCUGUGUGGCCGUGUGAUGGGCUGGGCCUGACAGUAAUGUGCGAGCAACCCGCGGCCUUGGGAUAGCAUUUACAGCAGGUGGAUCUCCCUUCUCUCCCUGACAGAUCCCUGCAGGCUGGAUCUGGUGGACACAGCAGGAUCCGACUCUCCAGGCGACCCAGGAGCAAUCUGGGCCUCUGUAAAGGGACAUUACAGCCACCGGAUGGGAUUUUCUGGGAUCGAGUAGGGUCCACAGCUGUGGCUGUCAUCCCAGGAGUCAGAGGGGGGAUCGACUUUGGCAUCCGUCAUCUGGAAGAUCGAGGUGGAUCUACUGUCUGAAGGAUCUACUGGUUUGUCUUUCACCAAGCAGGAUCUGCUCUUGCCUCUCUCAUCAUUGGAAUCGAGCAGGAUCUACUGGUGUAUUUCCCAUCAGAGGGAUCAAGCAGGGUCCCCCCCUCACACAAACACUUCCAGGAGGGGCAUGAAGCCAGCAGCCCCCCACUGACCGUCUUCUCCUCGCUUCCAGGGCUGCGGCCACCAAAAAGCAGAGGAAAUGUCUUUCUUUAACUUUCGUAAGAUCUUUAAGCUUGGCGGGGACAAAAAGAAGAAGCAAUAUGAGCACGUCAAGAGGGACCAAAACCCGGAGGAGGUGUGGGAGAUCAUAGGGGAGCUGGGCGAUGGAGCCUUCGGGAAAGUGUAUAAGGCCCAGAAUAAAGAGACUGGUAUAAUGGCCGCAGCAAAGGUCAUAGAUACGAAAUCUGAAGAUGAACUUGAGGAUUAUAUGGUGGAGAUUGAAAUCUUGGCCUCGUGCAAUCACCCCAAUAUUGUGAAACUGCUGGAUGCUUUUUACUAUGAAAACAACCUGUGGAUUCUUAUAGAGUUUUGUGCUGGAGGAGCCGUCGAUGCCGUCAUGCUCGAGCUGGAGCGUCCAUUAACAGAGCCGCAGAUCCGCGUGGUGUGUAAGCAGACCCUGGAAGCCAUGCUUUAUUUGCACGAUAACAAAAUUAUCCACCGAGACCUGAAAGCCGGAAACAUCCUCCUGACCCUGGAUGGAGACGUCAAGCUGGCUGACUUUGGCGUGUCUGCUAAGAACACCAGAACGUUACAGAGAAGAGACUCGUUCAUUGGCACCCCGUACUGGAUGGCCCCAGAAGUGGUGAUGUGUGAGACCUCUAAGGACAAGCCGUAUGACUUUAAAGCUGACGUUUGGUCUCUGGGCGUUACGUUAAUCGAGAUGGCUCAGAUUGAGCCCCCCCAUCACGAACUAAAUCCUAUGCGUGUCUUGUUGAAGAUUGCAAAAUCGGAGCCUCCAACAUUAGCACAGCCGUCAAGAUGGUCAAGGGAUUUUAAUGAUUUUUUGAGAAAGUGUUUGGAGAAGAACCUGGAUGCCCGUUGGACCACUGUUCAGCUGCUGCAGCACCCAUUCGUGUCAGUGGUCCACAGCAACAAGCCAGUGCGAGAGCUGAUCGCAGAGGCCAAGGCCGAGGUCUUGGAGGAAGUGGAAGAAAGUAAAGACGAAGAAGAAGAAGAUGAGGCGGAGAGCUCUUUGCCUGUUCCAGACAGCAAAAGAGCUUCCUCGGACCUCAGCAUUGCUAGCUUGGAAGACGACAAACUUUCCCAGAAUGCUUCAACUCUUGAACCAGUUUCGGAAACUGUGGUGCCUCCUUCAGUAGAAAAAAAAGUCUCUGAACAAGAACCCAAGAAGGAGAAAGUUGAGGAAGCUCCUGAAAUCAAGAAACCGGUUAGUCCAGGUGUCUCCAAAAAAGACAUUGAAGUUGCAAGUGUUGACAAACCAGUCAUCCCAGAAAGUAAAGAUGAAGCCAGUGUACCAGUGUUGGAACCAUCCACUGACACUAAGCAUAAACAGCCAGCAGAUGUGUCCUCACUGCCAGAGAACGAAGCUGAAAAGAAACCAGAAAAGAAAGAGGAGGCCAGUGUACCAGUGUUGGAACCAUCCACUGACACUAAGCCUAAACAGCCAGCAGAUGUGUCCUCACUGCCAGAGAACAAAGCUGAAAAGAAACCAGAAAAGAAAGAGGAGGCCAGUGUACCAGUGUUGGAACCAUCCACUGACACUAAGCCUAAACAGCCAGCAGAUGUGUCCUCACUGCCAGAGAACGAAGCUGAAAAGAAACCAGAAAAGAAAGAGGAGGCCAGUGUACCAGUGUUGGAACCAUCCACUGACACUAAGCCUAAACAGCCAGCAGAUGUGUCCUCACUGCCAGAGAACGAAGCUGAAAAGAAACCAGAAAAGAAAGAUGAGGCCAGUGUACCAGUGUUGGAACCAUCCACUGAGCCUAAACAGCUAGCAGAAGUGUCCUCACUGUCAGAGAAUGAGGCUGAGAAGAAAACAGAAAAGAAAGAUGAUGAACUUCCAUCUGAAGUUAAAGAAGAUGUUCUUGAAACACCGGAGAAGAAAGAAAUGCAAAACGAAGAGGAAAGUAAGAAAUCUGUUACAGUAUGUGAACCCGGAGAGGGCGCUAUUCCUGAAACCAGGGAUGAGCCACCCCACGUGGAGGCUCCAGAAGUGCCGAAAGAAAAGCCAGAGACACAAGUAAAAGAAAACGGUACAGAGGAAUUAAUUGCUGAAAUAUCCGAUUCAGUAGCAGACACAAAUGUUUCAGGUGAGAUUUCUGAAGGCCCCGAAAAGUCAGAACAUGUAAAGGACUCUGAACAGGAACCUAGCAUUAAACCAGAAUCUUCUGAAAGUCCUGUAGAUGACGGCAGCCAAGAAAAGAAGGAAAAUGCUUCAGAUGAAAAUAGCACUCCACCUGUCAGUCAAGAAAAGCAGGUACCAGAAACCGCUGAUCAAGUAAAUCAUAUUGCUAAAGAUGAAAUAGUUGUGACUCAAUCACCAGAAGUGGUAGAAGAUAAGAAACCCGACGACGUGAAAGUUGCUCUUGAUUCUGAAAAGGAAUCACCCAUAGUUACUGAUCCUGGUAAAGAACCAGUGCAAAGUCAGUCUCAGGACAAUGAUGUAAGUUCAAGUGAAGGUGCUACAUCGACCGAAAAGGUACCUCAGACCAAUGUGCCCAAUAUUAGUGUUAUCACCGCUGAAGGUGAAGAGAAGGACAAAGCAAAGACUGAGACCUCUCCUGCAGGAGAAGCUGAAAUUCCAAAGGAAGCUGAUUCGGAUUCAGGAACAGGAUCUACUGCUGACAGUGGAAGUAUGGACUUGAACUUGUCUAUAUCCAGCUUCCUGACCAAGAAUAAGGAGUCAGGCUCCAUCUCAAUACAGGAUUCAAAAAGGCAGAAAAAGACACUGAAGAAGACUCGCAAGUUCAUUGUAGAUGGCGUGGAAGUGAGUGUCACAACCUCGAAGAUAGUGACAGAUAACGAUGCUAAGAGUGAAGAGAUGAGAUUCCUUAGGCGACAAGAGCUGCGGGAACUCCGGCUGCUACAGAAAGAAGAACAGAGAGCUCAGCAGAUCCUCAGUAACAAAUUACUGCAACAGAGAGAGCAAAUCUUCCGCAGAUUUGAGCAGGAAAUGACGAACAAGAAGCGACAAUAUGAUCAGGAUAUUGAAAACCUGGAGAAACAGCAGAAACAGACCAUAGAGCGUCUGGAGCUGGAGCACACUGUCCGCCUGAGGGACGAAGCAAAGCGAAUCAAGGGCGAACAGGAGAAGGAGCUGUCCAAAUUCCAGAACGUCCUAAAAAACAAAAAGAAAGAGGUAAUAAAUGAAGUGGAGAGAGCGCCUAAAGAGCUGCGAAAAGAGCUUAUGAAACGCAAGAGAGAGGAGCUUUUACAUUUCCAGCACGCGCAGGAGCAAGAGUUUGUACUAAAGCAGCAGCAAGAGCUGGAUGGAUCCCUGAAGAAGAUCAUUCACCAGCAGAAGAUAGAACUCGCCACCAUAGAGAAGGACUGCCUGAGUCGCAAACAGCAGCUCAUGAGAUCACGAGAAGCUUCUAUUUGGGAACUUGAAGAACGUCAUCUCCAAGAGAAGCAUCAGCUACUGAAGCAGCAGCUGAAGGAUCAGUAUUUUAUGCAGAGACACCAGCUUCUGAAGCGGCAUGAGAAGGAAAUGGAGCAGAUGCAGAGGUAUAAUCAGAGGCUGAUUGAGGAACUGAAGAAUAAGCAAGCUCAGGAGAGGGGACGGCUGCCCAAAAUUCAGCGCAGUGAUGGCAAGACUCGCAUGGCCAUGUUUAAGAAGAGUUUGAGGAUCAAUUCCUCUGGCUCUCCAGAGCAAGACAGAGAGAAGAUUAAGCAGUUUGCUGUCCAAGAAGAUAAAAGACAGAAAAAUGAAAGAUUAGCUCAGCAUCAGAAGCACGAGAACCAGAUGCGGGAUCUACAGCUUCAGUGUGACGCCAACAUCCGGGAGCUGCAGCAACUACAGAAUGAAAAAUGUCACCUGUUAAUUGAACAUGAAACUCAGAAGCUGAAGGAGCUAGAUGAAGAACAUGCGCUGGAGCUGAAAGAAUGGAGGGAAAAACUAAGACCACGAAAGAAGGCCCUCGAGGAGGAGUUUGCAAGAAAACUUCAAGAACAAGAACUUUUCUUCAAAAUGAGUGGAGAAUCCGAAUGCCUUAACCCCACAACGCAGAGCCGGAUUUCCAAGUUUUAUCCUAUACCAAGCAUGCAUUCAACCGGGUCUUAACCCCGUCUGUUUUACCGCUUGUUUUAUAUGCUUUUAUCUCAGUCAUGUCACUUUUGGAA